AAAAUGUCAUUUCCUAUAUUAUCUCCCAUCAUGGACCAAAAUCCACUUGAUUUUAUCCCUUCGGUUACUCUCAUCCCACCAGCGCAAUGGCCUCCUCUUUACACUCAAAUCUAAAUUUCCUACCUGCAUCCCAAUCCAUGGCGGCUUCCGCCAGACUCCACCGCUUCUCCAUCAUACGGUGUGGCCCACGAGACAACCGUGGGCCACUCCUCAAAGGUCGGAUCUUAAGCACUGAAGCAAUCCAAGCCAUCCAGGCCCUCAAACGCGCCCACAGAACCGACCGGACAAAUCUCCCCACCCACAUCCUCUCCCGCCUCAUCAAAUCCGACCUUAUCGCUACCUUCAAGGAGCUCCUGCGCCAAGACCACUGCAUUCUCGCCCUCAAAGUGUUCUCAACACUCCGAUCAGAAUACAGCGUCGAUUUCGGCAAUUACGCCGACCUGGUUCUCGCAUUAUCCAGGAAUGGAUUCAGAGAUGAAAUUGAUGCCCUAUUUCUUGAUAUGGAAAAGGAAGGAGGGAUUCAGUGUGAUGAUAUUAAGGGAUUAUCGAGGCUGAUUAAAGCUUUGGUUAAUGCCGAGAGGAAAGAAUCAACGGUCAGGAUUUAUGAGAUGAUGAGGAAGAUUGGGUGGGGUUCUAGGGUAACAGUGGAUGAGUAUUUGGGCAAAGUAUUGAGCAGAGGGUUGAGGAGAUUUGGAGAGGAUAAAAUGGCCGAUGAGAUUGACGAGGAAUUAAGGAGGUCUUGUAGGGGUGUUUUGGAGAAACCAAGGGUUUAGAUUUUAUUAUUAUUAUUUUUUUUUGGGGUUUUAUCAGUGUGCAUUAUGUGAUUUCUCAAGGCUAAUGAUAUAUUUGGUAUGGUGACGAAGAAAAAGAAGUUAAAAUCUUCUUCCUUUAUUGUCGCAUCAUGUCUGUACUGUAUAUUGUAUAUGCACUAAUGUAAUUGUUGUUCAAUUG